AUGGUGCACUCAAGGGAUAAUCUAAAGAUAUUUACAUUAUUUUUAAUAUAUAAUUUGUAUAAAGAAAAACAACAAACAAUGCCACCAAAACCAUUUAUUGAUAAAAAGAAUAAACAAGUUUUCAGUUUAUACAAAUCGUCGUCUAGAGAUAGAUUCGGUCGUGAAGUAUCUCAAGUUGAUUUGGUUGAAAAGAAAAAGAGUAAUAUAAAAGAAGAAAAUGUAGAAGGUAGUGAUGCUGAAGAUGAAUAUUAUGAUGAUGACGAAUAUUAUGAUGAGGAAUAUGAUGACGAAGAGUAUUACGAUGAUGAAGAUGAACAAUAUGAAGAUGAAGAACAACAACAAGAAGUAGGUCAAAAAGAUAAAAAAGAUUUAGAAAAAGACGAUCUACAUUUACUUGGUUUCAAGAAAGAUGGUUACGAUUACAGCAAACAUAUGAAACCAAUCGGAGGUGGUGUGUUUAUUCCCGCCAUAUACGACAUGAACGAGUUAAAGAAACACAAAGGUGGAAUAUUAGAGUUGGUACAACCGAGUCAACCUACACCAUACAUGUACGGUCUAGAAGAAAUCAGUAAAAACUAUGUUAAAGAUGAGAAGGAAUUAAAAGGAAAGGUUGAUGAUGAUAUUAUUGAAGCUUUGGCUGCCAAUGUCGAUGAGAAUGGCGGUGAUUUCGAGGAGUUGGAUGAUGAUUUCAUUUUGCAGGCAAAUGGCGGUACUCUCGAAGGUCUGGAGAAGGAAGUGAGAGAGACACAAAGACGUUUGAAACAGAUGGAGUUACUCGAUGAUGAAGAUGAAUUAUAUUAUGAUGACUAUGAGGAUUAUGAUGAAGAAGAUGAAGAUGGUAAUAAGAAACAACGUGUUAAGAAACCUUUGGAUGAAUUGAUGGAUCAACAGCUGAACUUGGCGCUGGCAGAGUACGAUGACGACGACAUCGGUGAGUUGGACAAAGAGCGAGCACAAGGAACCUACAGUACCGACGCCUACAAAGAUGUUUUCGACGAGUUCAUGGCAGACUACGAAGCCAAUCACAAACCGCUGCACGAGCAAAUCGAGAUUCUAAAGUCGCGUGACAAGAAUAUCCCGUUGACCGCCGCAGAGAAGAAGAGUAUCAUCGAGCGUGACUGGGAUGCCGAGGAGCGCGAGGAGGUCUCCGAAGAGGAAGAGGAGAAGGAACAGUGGGAUUGCGAGACCAUCUUGACGACCUACUCCAAUAUCUAUAAUCAUCCAAAGUUGAUCAAAGAGAUCGCACCGAUCAAGCUGAGCAAAAAGACUGGUAUGCCACUGGGUGUGCUGAAUCAAAAGAAAAAGAUCGAAGUUGUGGAAGAGGAAUCCGAAGACGAAGAGGAAAGAGUGAAUUUAGGACAAUCGAGAAAGAAUGAAACCAAAGAAGAAAAGCGAGCAAGAAAGAAGGCAGUCAAAGAAGAAAAGCGAGAGAACAAGAUGGUAAAGAAGGAAUUGAAACAAGCAUUUAAAUCAGAGGAAAUCAAACAGAUGAACGUAAUCAAAUCACAAAAACUAAAUAAAUUAGUAUCGAUUCAAUAUUAA